GCUUUAGACGGGCAGAAUAUUUACAAUGGGUGCUGCACACUGCGCAUCGACUACUCGAAGAUGACGUGCCUGAACGUGAAGUAUAACAACGACAAGUCGCGGGACUACACGAACCCGACGCUGCCCUCCGGCGACGGCGACGCGCACCAGCUGUUGACCAGUGAGUUGAUGCCACUGCGGGCACGCCUCGCCCUGGCCCUCGCAUCCAGGAUGAGUGGUGGGGUGCUGGCGCCUCAGUUCCUGGGGCUGGGCUCCGGACUGGCGUCGCCGUACGGCGUGGGCGUGGGCGGCGUGGGGCUGCCUGCCUUCGGCGCGCUGACGCUGACGCCCGCGUCGCCGGCGCUGCGCGCGCUCGCCGCGCCGCCGCUGCCGCUCGCCACCGUGCUGCUCGUCUCCAACCUCAACGAGGAGAUGGUCACGCCUGACGCUCUCUUUACCCUUUUCGGCGUGUACGGGGAUGUGCAACGGGUGAAGAUUCUCUACAACAAGAAAGAUUCAGCCCUCAUUCAGAUGGCCGAACCUCACCAGGCCCAUCUAGCGAUGACCCACAUGGACAAGCUUCGCGUAUUCGGCAAGGCGAUGCGCGUGAUGCUGAGCAAGCACCAGACUGUGCAGCUGCCCAAAGAAGGACAACCAGACGCUGGUCUCACCAGGGACUACUCCCAGAGCCCGCUGCAUAGAUUCAAGAAGCCGGGCAGCAAAAACUACCAGAACAUCUACCCACCAAGCGCGACUCUCCACCUGUCCAACAUUCCAGCUACGGUGUCUGAAGACGAUAUCAAGGAAGCCUUCACCAAGCGAGGAUUCACGAUUAAGGCGUUCAAGUUCUUCCCUAAGGACCGCAAAAUGGCGUUGGUUCAGCUGCCGUCGAUCGACGACGCGGUGGCGGCGCUGAUCAAGAUGCACAACUACCAGCUGUCGGAGUCCAACCACCUGCGGGUGUCGUUCUCCAAGUCCAGCAUCUAAGCCGCGGCGGAAUAUCACACAACGAGCCAGUCGCGGCCCGCGCCCAGUGUGCGCGCCCCAUGUAGGGGGGCCGCGACACACUGCGCGCCGGCGCGAGCCUCCACGCGACUGACCCUUACAUCGUACCUCUCACACAAAUCGAGAAUUUCCCUCGACUGAAAUUAAAAUAUAUCUGUAUUACGCUUACACGGAUCACUAGAGAUUAAGUGCUAUUCUAUUUUCUUAAUAAAUACGUACGUUUACUGUUACUGUACAUCUAAUCUAAGAUACUAUCAUCACAGUCAAACGCUGCUUGUAUUUCCAUACGAUCCCCGACGGACCGUAUUACGUAGAGAGGAAUUAUAUUUUGUGUGAUAUUCAUUCCAUAUUUUAAAUAAGUAUAUCAAUAUUAUUUUAUUUUUGUAAUUCGUAAUGUUUCCCGGUGAUUACAAUAUAUUAUUUGGUUAUAAUACAUUAUCAGGACGGUAUGUGUUGCAAUUAGAUUGCGCUAGGUUUGAGUCCCGGGCCGCGCAGUGUGAGACACUGCCUGCCGCCAGCUCGCGGAGCUCGCGGGUUCGGUGCCCGGUUGUGUACCACCUUACAAUUUUGUUCAUCACAUUAUUAUAGCACAUUGUUAAAGUAUCUGUCGGUCACAUCAUUUGCAGUUAUUAUUCUUAAAUUGUAUUUUAUACAUAAUAUAUUUUAUUGUCUAUUUUAAUAUGCACAAUUUACUAUUAUUGCAUUUCUUUGUAAGUUAAUAUAGUUUUGUACGCAUACACAUUUUUCUUAUUUGAUUAAUGGAAUGUUAUGUUUAGAAAUGUGUAUGUGUGUGCAAUAUUAGUUGUAGAGAUAACUUUAAUAAUAUAUUUUAGAUGUAACCGUACCCUUGCUUCCAUUCUUGUUUCGUUAGGAGGAUAUUGUCUGUUCUACACUUGAUUCAUAGUUAUUGACGAUUAGUUAGUGUAAUCACAACUCUUAUCGCUAAGCAUCUAGUUGUAUAUCACUAUUUAAACGUUAUGUUCAGUGACAUAAUAGUGACAUGAUGCAUUUAUUUCGAUGUUAAUUUAUAUUAAUGGUAGCUACAACAUAUAUAAAUGCUCGUGCAUACGUUUCACUAAGUGGUUAAUUUUAGAUAAUUAUUUAUUGUGAGCGGUAGGGGGCGCUGGGCGCUGGGCGGUGUGGCCAGUGUCGCGAACAUAUAUUUAGAAUAAUUUCCAGUACUGCUACGAUAUUGCCACACUGCAGCGGAGUUGCGGCGACGGCGACGGUCUAUAAAGUAUUAGCCAGAUCUGAUUUUGCUCUACGACAUAUUUAAUCAACAGUAUUUACACUAGGUCACAAUAACUUGAUGAAACAGUAUUUUAGUUAAUGAGCUGUCCUUCUCGAUACUUCGUUUUGUAUAUAGACACACUCCGACUUCGAUGUGUUCGCUUCUCACACUUCGGACUUCGCUAAACUCUCGAUUGGAUUUCACACAUCUUUGCCUUCUUAAAUUAAUUAAAAAAAUAUGUCUAGUCCAAUGCAAAAGAGAUUAAGUUUGUGAAUUAAGUGAUUACGUUAUCAAAAUCUUAUGAAUUCGUCUCAAAUAUUUAAAGUCUGGUAGGGAAGCUUUUGUAAAAAGAUUGUAUAUGGUUACGAAUUUGUUGGUAGAGGGAUGCCCGCGGCCCGCGAGAGCCAUGCUACCGUUAGGACCAGUUUAAGUGUUCAGUUACACGUCCAGAUUAUGUGAUUAGGCAAAGCAUGCGUGAACCAGAUACCUGAAUAUGACGAGUAGGAGAAUACUGAUGCCAUCCGCGGGAGCCGGCUGGCAUGUUAAUUAAUAUUGUAAGUGUCAGUAUAUCGUACCAACCAACGCAUUACAUAUCUCGACGAUGCCACGGUCGGUAUUCAAUUAGGAUAGCAAAGGGAAUGUAUAUUGUAGGGUUAUAAGAGGUAACGGUUCGUGCACACGUACAGUGUACAGGCAGACGGACACAGAGCGGCGCAGGCGCAGGCUGCGCACGUACCACGAUCCACAUCAGGCAGGCGUCACUAUUGCAUUACUUUCAACAUAUCCCAGUGUCGGCAGACACGCGGCAAAUUAAUGAAAACAAACUUUUAUUUUAGAAAACAUUUGUGAAAUUAUAAAAGUCACACAUAUUUACACUAUUAUGAAAUGUAUAAUAAUUAUAUCACGUAACAUACAUAAGAUAUAGAGCUUAGUAAGAUGAUUAAACUGAAAAAAAAAAUAUUAGAAUGUCAUUACGAUGUAAGAUUUAAUAGAAAAAUUUAAUCAUACAAUUGUAUUAAUCAGUACCUACCUAUAAUAAGAACGUAAAAGUAGUUAUUUGGUUUAGAUAAUGUUAGGUGACCAGGGUGUGGUGAUAUUUUGCACGUUUUUGAAAAUGUUUUUCUAUACGGCGCAGGAUUCUGUGCCUGUGUUUUGAAAUGGUGAGGAGUGGUGGUCGAGUGACGUGAGAGCGGCGGUAAUCGCAUUUGUAAUUUUAAUAAUAAUUGUAUUAUUAUUACUAUGUAUUUAAAUUAAUGAAUCACAAAGAGGAGAUUACAUAUCCAGUGUACUCAGCGUAGAACGCUACACACAUGCCGCGUUUGGUUGGCGUUCAAUGGUUUGCUCGUACAGUCGCGUAUACUCAGUCGCUUGUGCUCAAUACAUUCGUAGACUCGCUCCGUUACUACAUGUAUGUACUACUGUGUGUGUAGCGUUUUCAGGCCUAAACUUUUCUCAAUAACAUUGGUAUUGACUAAUAGAUAAUUAUAGGAAUUUAUGUGUUUAGAGAAGUAUUUUAAAUAUCUAGAUUUUAAUGGUAAUAUUAUUAAAAAUAAAUAGAUCAGUGUUUAGGAUGAGAUGCCAAAUUUAAAGUCAAUACAGAUUAUUUUAGGUAAAAGGUAAUUGAAGUAAUCUUAACAUUUAUUGAAAAGUUGAUGAAAAUGUUACAGUUAAAUUAUAUUUGAGAGUUUUAUUAAGCGCAAUAUAUGCAAUUUUAUUCAUUGUAAGUGAACAUUGUUUCAAUUUGUUAGUUAAAGUUAUGCGUUGAAAAAUGAUGUGAAAGUUGUUUUCGGAUGUGUUGAUGGUGUCCCGCGCACGGCGGACUGUCACAUGCUUGUUCUAUGCGUUAGCGCACCUUCCUAUGUCUCUCUUGCGUUCCAUACAUAUCUCCGCAUAUCACACUGAAUAUGCUUAUAUUUUAUUGCGCUUUAUAAUAUUUAUCUCUACUACAUACAUAUAUUAGCUGUAUUUAGUACUUCGUAACGAUAUGAAUAAAGGCCGACAUAUCAGUAAAUAGAAGUAUGGCUAAGGCGCAUAUUAUAUUAUAACCUGUCUCGCUCCUCGAUAUUCUGUCUAGUUGUCUACUUCCUUCAGCUCGGCGGCGACCGCGAGAUGUUUCAUUGUAAGUUCACGUGUCGUCGUCUGUUCUUUAUUUUUAAUUUUAAGCCUUUUGUGUGGUUAAUUUCACUCUUUAUUUUUAAUUUCAUAAUUAAACUAUUAUUAUCAUUGAUA